AUGGUGAACUGCGUAGUAUGUUUAUUUAAAAUGACUGGAGCAGCAGAUUGGAGGCCAAUAUCAGAAGAGUUAUUGCAAGUUGUACAACUUCUUCAUCAUUCCCAAUCGCCAGAUACCCAGACGCAGCGGAAUGUGCAAGAGCGUUUGGAUGAACUCAACUCACAUCCUGAGUUCUGCUGUUAUCUUGUAUUUAUUCUCAGUGAAAUGAAAAAUGAGCAGGUGGCUAAUCGCUCACUGGCUGGUUUAAUUCUAAAAAAUUCCAUAAGAUUACUUUGGGAACGGUUGCCAGAACCAGUACGUCAGUUCGUAAGAAACAAAACGCUUCAAGCUAUAUCUGAUUCUCAUCCGCUAAUACGUGCUACUGUAGGAAUCGUUGUCACUUCUAUUGUUCUCCACGAGGGCAUCUCUCAGUGGCCGACUUUGCUUCCUACAUUGUGCAAUAUGCUCGAGAGUUCUGAUAUGAACUUUCAAGAGGGUGCUAUGGGUGCAAUACAGAAGAUAUGUGAAGAUUCUGCAGAUAUGUUAUCACCUCAAGAGCACUUGACUACACUUGUUCCAAAACUGUUAUGUUUCUUCAGAUCCCCAUCACCGAAAUUGAGACAUCACAAAACGAAUGGUAAUUUUAGGGCUUUGGCGCUGAAUUCAGUAAACUGCAUUUUAUUAGUUCAGACAGAACCACUAAACAACAUAAUGGACGUGUUUUUGCAACACUUGUUUGCUUUGGCAAAUGAUAUUGAUGUAGACGUGCAAAAGCAGCUUUGUCGGUCGUUAACACUGCUACUCGAUUCUCAUUUAGAUAAGUUGGCAUCUCAUCUUGGAAAUAUCGUGGAAUUCAUGCUUUUAAGGACGCAGGAUUCAAAUGAAGCAACGGCAUUGGAAGCUUGUGAAUUCUGGUUAGCUUUGGCAGAACAUCCUCAAGAAUGCAAAGAGGCUCUCUUACCGCAUCUUCCAAAGUUGAUACCCGUUCUCGUUUCAUGUAUGAAAUAUUCUGAGUUGGAUAUUGCUAUCCUGAAAUGUGGUGUUGAAGAAGAUUGUGCGGUACCGGAUCGUCAGGAAGAUAUAAAACCACGUUUCCAUCGCGCAAAAACACAAAUGCAAAAGAAAUCAGAUACCGCUGUUGGAGAAGUACAUAGUUUUAUACUAUUCAAAAACUGUCACAUUUUAGGGAAGUGUAGUGCUGCUUCUUUAGAUGUACUUUCUAGCAUAUUUCAUGACGACUUCUUGCCAACUUUACUACCCAUAUUGAAGGAAACUCUUUUCCACAGUAAUUGGUUGAUAAAAGAAAGUGGUAUAUUAGCUUUGGGAGCCGUUGCAGAAGGUUGCAUGAAAGGAAUAACACCACAUCUACCUGAACUCAUACCAUUUUUAAUUGGAUCGCUACAAGAUCGAAAGGCGCUUGUAAGGUCAAUCGCUUGCUGGACUUUGUCUCGAUAUUGUCAUUAUGUUGUUCAUCAAGAUCAUGACGUGUAUUUCAAAGAGCUAUUAAAAGAAUUACUCGCCCGUAUUUUGGAUAAUAAUAAACGAGUUCAAGAAGCAGCGUGCUCUGCAUUCGCAACUCUGGAAGAAGAAGCAAACUUAGAAUUAGUUCCAUAUUUGCCCGAAAUUCUUAGUACUCUUGUUGAAGCUUUCAACAGAUAUCAGGCGAAGAAUUUGCUCAUUUUGUACGAUGCAGUCGGCACUCUAGCAGAUAGUGUCGGUCAAAAUUUAAAUCAACCAUAUUAUGUUGAAACGAUCAUGAGGCCGUUAAUGGCAAAAUGGGAUUCUUUGGGCGACGAAGACAAGGAGCUGUUUCCUUUGUUAGAAUGUUUAUCGUCUGUCGCUACCGCACUUCAUGAGGCUUUUCUGCCAUAUUGUGAACCUGUUUUUCAAAGGUGCACAACGCUGAUUGGACGAUGUUUGCAACAAUCUCAGCUUGCUAUGGAGCGGCCAAAUGAAUAUGACAUGCCAGACAAAGAUUUCCUUAUCGUUGCUUUAGAUCUUUUGUCAGGACUCGCUGAAGGACUUGCGGAACAUAUUGAUUCACUUGUUGGACCCAGUCAAAUUAUUGCCCUCGUUUAUCAGUGCUCUAUGGAUUCCAGUGCUGAAGUACGGCAAAGUUCAUUCGCUUUGCUUGGGGAUUUAUCGAAAGUUUGCUAUCAUUACAUUCAGCCUCAUAUUAAUGUCUUUUUGCCAAUUUUGGCGCAAAAUAUGGGUUCUGAAUCGAUAUCUGUUUGCAAUAAUUCAAUCUGGGCAAUUGGAGAAAUAGCAAUGAAGAUGGGUGAAGGCAUGCGUCCACAUGUCUUAGGGUUUAUGCCGGCUUUAAUAAUUGUGAUGAAUAGAGAAAAAGGACCGAGGACUCUACUGGAAAAUACAGGCAAUUUUUUGAAUUUGAAGUUGUAUUUUUCUGUGAAAGUCUCUAUAACUCUUGGUCGCUUGGGUAUUGACUGUGGUAAUGAGGUAGCACCAUUUUUACCUCAAUUUAUUCGUCCAUGGUGUUUAUCAUUACGAAAUAUACGCGACAAUAAAGAAAAAGAGAGUGCUUUUAGAGGUCUUUGUAACAUGAUAAGUCUCAAUCCGGCUGGAGUCCUCGCGGAAUUCAUUUUUUUGUGUGAUGCCAUAGCGUCGUGGAACAAUCCUGAACCCGAUUUGAAAUUGAUGUUUUCAAGAAUCUUACAUGGCUUCCGGGAGCAAGUUGGUGACUUGAAUUGGACAGCCUUCACAUCACAAUUUCCUCCUCCUUUGAAACACCGAUUAGCAGUUCAGUACGACGUGUAA